GGUGUGGCAAUGCGCUUAAUAAUUGUAUUUAUGGACAUCCUAUUGUUAGCGUCCUUGUUAAUAGACUUCAGAACGAGCUGCGAUGGAUACUUACGUACUUGGAUCAUAGGAACAAUAUUAUUAAGCUUUUUCUUAUUUUCUUUUAUAAAAAGAGUUCAGAAGUUGUUAAAGGAAGACAAAGGAUUAUUUUCUGAGGUUCUUUUAAUGUUACUUUGUUUCUUUUGGACGUAUUUUGGGACAAUUCAGAUUAACUUAUCAAGUGGAUGUCAAAAAAAUGGGCCAUACUUAUUUUGGACAGUGUUUACCUUAGUAACAACCAUAUGGUGUUCCAUCAUAGGACUGAUUUUAAGUCUUAUGAUUAUAACGAUAGGAUCAUUUUUUGUUGUUAAAGGAAAGGUAGAUAAAAUGUAA